AUGUAUAGUAUAUCUAAGAACUUUUUGUACAAUAAUAAUAAUAAUAAUAAUAAUAAUAAUAAUAAUAAUAAUAAUAAUAAUUAAUAAUAAUGAGUAAAAAUAAUAAUAUGGGAGUUGGAGCUGGUACAACUACCAUUCUAAGUAUUGAUGGAGGAGGAGUUAGAGGGAUCAUCCCUGGAGUCAUGCUUGAUUUUCUUGAAUCAAAACUUCAGGAAUUCGAUAAGAAUGCAAGACUUGCAGACUAUUUCGAUGUGAUAUCAGGAACAAGCACUGGUGGUCUUAUUGCCACAAUGAUAUCAACACCCAACGAUAAGGGUCGUCCUUUAUAUGCUGCCAAAGAUAUUGUCCCUUUCUACAAAAAGGAAUGCCCACAAAUCUUCAAGAAGUCAGCCUGCCCUUUUCGUAAUCUUUUGUCCCAUCAAAAAGAGUCUGGUGUUGCUGUGGAAAUGAAGAUGAGCUACCACUCCGAAAACUGUCAUGAUGAAAUGCACCUGAAAAUUCCACAUCCAACUACAACUACUUCCUAUGGAGUUGGAAAGGAUAAUUAUAGUAAGAAUGAAAGUUUAUUACUAAAGUCUAUUUAUGAUGGUAAUUACCUUCACCGUUUGGUCAGAGGUAUUCUUGGGAAAAAGGUUUUAAGGGAUACUCUCACAAAAGUGGUUAUUCCUGCAUACGACAUCAACAAACUCUCACCUGUUAUCUUCUCUUCUUAUGAGGUACUGGAAAAUAAGAAUGAAGAAUUGAAUGCAUGUCUAUCAGAUAUUUGCAUUAGCACCUCUGCAGCACCAAUUUACCUUCCUGCUUAUAAGUUCACCAACCAAAAUACAGAAUUCAAUAUGAUUGAUGGAGGCGUUGCCGCAAAUAAUCCAACUGUAGCUGCUAUUACAGAAGUUUUGAAAAGAAAGAGAAUUAAUAAGGUUGAUCAUCAAUUAGAAAAAGGAAAAGGAAAGAAAAGAAAAAAGGAUACUAAUAAUAAUGAAGAUGGUGAUCAGAGUAGUGAAGAUCAUCAUGAUUAUGGUGAUCUUCUUGUUCUGUCCUUAGGAACAGGAGCUGAUAAGGUUGAAGGGAAAUACAAUGCUGAUAUUGUUAAUGGAUGGAGUAUACUUAAUUGGAUACAAAAUCCAUCUUGGAAUUUCUUCUGGAAUCCUGACCGUCCAAUAUUUGAAAUCAUGGCUGAUGCAAACGCAGAUAUGAUUGAUCACUACACCACAAUAUUUUUCCAAAAUUAUCAUCAAAAUUUCCUUCGCAUUCAGGACUCGGAAUUACCAAAAGAUCUUAGUGCGAUGGAUAACAGUGACCCUACCAAUCUCGAAAAAUUGGAGCAGUACGCCAAAGACUUGCUACAUAAGCCAGUUACUCGCCUUGAUCUACCUACCUUUAAACGCAUUGUUAUGAAUAAACUAAACCAAACUUACCAAGAUGCACUUGAAGAGUUCGCAAAAAAGCUUAUUUUCAUAAAGAAAAGUCGAGCCGAACAGGCUUAGUGAUCACUGAUCAUGGCGUUGUAUUAAUAUAUAAUAUGUAUUUUCAUUGUUUUAAAUUAUAAAGCUCCACAAGGUCUGCUGUUUGUGUUGAGAGUCCAAUAAAAUUACACACAUCACGAUUAGUUAUAGUACUAUCGUUUAUAAUGUGUGUGUCGUUAUUAAUUUGGUUAAUUAAUAAUUAUGAUGUUAAUUUGUCUAAACUAUAUAUAUAUAUAUAUAUGUGUAAUAGCAAAGUGUAUGAUCGUUAUUAUGCAUAUGUACAUGAUCGUUAUAUAAUAAAAGUGUGAUUGUUUGUACUA